GACAAUCUAGCUUCACUUCAUUUUGUUCGACAGAGAAACAACAGUGAGGAGAAUCGAGAAGAAUGGCCUUACAGAGAAACUCACAGGAAUCACACACCCAAAUGAUCACCACGGAAACCCUCACUGCACGGAUCUGCUCCUUCUUUGAAGGAAUCGGAUCACAGCAGAUGCAGUUGCUGGUCGAAGGGAACCCGGACCACCCCACUAAAGUCCUGCUAGCAGAAAUGCUGUUGGACAUUAUUCACAUCUGUGUCCAGUCAACCCUGGAACAUUUAGGGAGGACACAGACGCAGAUGUGUGUGGAAGACGUGUCGGCUGCCGUAGCUGACGCUCUUCCUCGCAGCUUCGCGGAGGCUUUAGAAGAUCCGAUCAGCAGUGACCUGACAGAUAACCUGAAGGAACUGCUGGUUGAAGAAGUGAUCGACAACCUCAGAUCUUCAUCCUCCAGUGAAGAUUCUAGCCCCAGACUGACGCCUCCACAGCGGGUCAGCAGUAUGGUUGAUGAAGCCAUCAAAAUGAUCCACAGCUCUGCUGCUGGAAGCGGACAAAGCCCAAAAGAUUUAGAGGCUUUGAGGAGUCUGAAGUCGGACCUCAUCUCUCUGAAAUCCACCGACAGCCUGGAUACGACCAUCGAGAAGGUGGUCCACAAUAUCAUCCAGAAGACGGUGGAUGAAAUGACGGAGUCGCUCACCCAGACCAGCCUGAUCUCAUGUAGUUAUGAGGAGAUGGAGAGGCACAUCAGCGAGGAGACGGACAAGAUCUCCUCGCACCUCUCCUCAGUCCUGGAAGCGCAGCUGAAUCCUCCGUGUGUGGAACAGGACGCCGAGGAAGUCGCCCCAAAAGGAAUCGUAGGGAAGGUGAAAACCUUCCUUGCGAAAAUGUUUGCGAAGGCGCUGAUGUUCCGCACGUGGGGGCGCUUCGAGAAGAAGGUCCACAGAGACCUGAAGAGGUACAGCAAGGAGGCGACGGACGUCCUCGUCGAAGCCGUGGAAUCUCUGCUAGAGGUCCACGAGGAGACAAAGGAGAUUUGUUUCCUUAACAUUCCCGAAAAUCGGACGCUGCAUUUCACGCAGGCUCUGACAGACAUGCUUUACGAGAGGUCCACGGAGAUGGUGAUCCCUGCGCAGCUGCGCAACAGAGACCGUCGCUACUCGGACAUCCAGUACCGAGUGGUUGUGUUCCUGACGCUGGUCCGCUGGUGGAUGACCACCCUGAUGGUGCCGUACACCAGACAGAUCUUUACGUGAAGCUCUAUGUGGUGAAUGUUGCCGCCCAGAAGAGGAUAAUCAAGAAGAAGACCAGAGUGUGUCGUUCCUUUAACGAAACCUUCCGCUUCUGUAUGAACCCAACCGGACACUCACUGC